CAAAGUCAUGUGAUUGAAUUUCUGUAGGCAGAUAGAGUGCACACGGUUGCUGGUAAACAUCUUGCUGGGUUUGAAACAACGUUUCUAGUAAUUGUAUAUUAUAUCCUCGCACGUCCAACAUGGCUUGGACAAAGUAUCAACUCUUUCUUGCGGGUCUUAUGCUCACAACCGGCUCUAUCAACACGCUAUCGGCAAAAUGGGCUGACAUGUUCUCCGCAAAGGGUUGUAAAGACUCCCCUGAACACGCAUUCGCCCACCCAUUUGUACAGGCCGUAGGGAUGUUCCUGGGGGAGCUCAGUUGUCUGGCUGUCUUCCACAUGCUGCUUUGUCACGAUAGACGGAGACCAGAGCCCAAGAUGAACACGGGCCAGAGCUUCAACCCCCUCCUCUUCCUUUUCCCUGCCCUCUGUGACAUGACCGCUACCUCUAUCAUGUAUGUUGCUCUGAACAUGACGAGCGCCUCCAGCUUCCAGAUGUUGCGCGGGGCAGUGGUCAUCUUCACAGGCCUGCUGUCGGUGGCCUUCCUAGGGCGCCGCCUGGUAGCCAGUCAGUGGACAGGCAUCCUCAUCACCAUCCUGGGCCUGAUAGUGGUGGGUCUGGCUGACUUCAUGAGCGGACACAAGGACGACUCUCACAAACUUAGCGAGGUCAUCACUGGUGACCUUCUGAUCAUCAUGGCCCAGGUCAUUGCUGCUGUCCAGAUGGUUCUGGAGGAGAAGUUUGUCUACAAGCACGAUGUUCAUCCUUUACGGGCAGUGGGCACUGAAGGGUUCUUUGGCUUCUUCAUCCUCUCGCUCCUCCUCGUCCCCUUCUUCUACAUCCCGGUGGGCAGUUUCAGCAACAACCCCCGCCAUGUCCUUGAGGACGCGCUGGACGCCUUCUGCCAGAUCAGCCACAAUCCCAUGAUCAUCCUGGCGUUGCUCGGUAAUACGGUGUCCAUCGCCUUCUUCAACUUUGCCGGCAUCUCUGUCACCAAGGAGAUCAGUGCCACCACGCGCAUGGUGCUGGACAGCCUGCGCACUGUGGUCAUCUGGGUGGUCAGUCUGGCUCUGGGCUGGGAGCAGUUCCAUGGGUUACAGGUGUUGGGUUUCAUUGUGCUGUUGGUGGGUGCGGCACUGUAUAAUGGGCUUCACCGCCCCCUGCUAGCAAGGAUUCUGUGCUGCGCCAGCGUGGAGGAGGAGGAAGUCAACCCAGUGGAGAGGACGAGAUUGCUGGACGAGGGAAGGGUGCAGGAAGAGGGCUAACUGACCUGAUAUGAUGACCUCGCAACAUGCUGAAAGUGUGUGUGUGUAUGACAUGUAGAUAACAUAACCCUGUCGUACUCCACACCAUGCGUGUGUGACAUAAAGACAACACAUUUCUCAGAUAACUGCACAUUACAAUAUCUUUAAAACUGUUGUAAACUCCUGGUUGUAAAUUCCAGGUGACAUAUAUUGAUAGGAUCUUGGACUAGCCCUCCUCAAGGCUUGUUGCAGCAUCGGUUAAAUGUGUCAGUGGUGGCAGGCAUUUUAUAAAUCCCAAAAAAGUUAACCAUGACAUAACAUCGUUUGAUAGAGUGCGCUACUGUGGUCAUUGAUACAGUGACUUGCAAAAGUAUUCAUCCCCCCUUGGCAUUUUUCCUAUUUUGUUGCCUUACAACCUGGAAUUAAAAUAGAUUUGGGGGAGGGGUUGUAUCAUUUGAAUUACACAACAUGCCUACCCCUUUGAAGAUGCUAAAUAUUUUUUGGGAAACAAACAAGAAAUAAGACAAAAAACAGAACUUGAGCGUACAUAGCUAUUCACCCCCCCAAAGUCAAUACUUUGUAGAGCCACCUUUUGCAGCAAGUCUUUUGGGGUAUGUCUCUAUAAGCUUGGCAAAUCUAGCCACUGGGAUUUUUGCCCAUUCUUCAAGGUAAAACUGUUCCAGCUCCUUCAAGUUGGAUGGGUUCCACUGGUGUACAGCAAUCUUUAAGUGAUACCACAGAUUCUCAAUUGUAUUGAUGUCUGUGCUAUGACUAGGCCAUUCCAAGACAUUUUAAAUGUUUCCCCUUAAACCACUCAAGUGUUGCUUUAGCAGUAUGCUUAGGGUCAUUGUCCUGCUGGAAGGUGAACCUCCGUCCCAGUCUCAAAUCUCUGGAAGACUGAAACAGUUUUUUUUUCUCUAAGCAAUGGCUUUUUUUCUGGCCACUCUUCCGUAAAGCCCAGUUCUGUGGAGUGUACGGCUUAAAGUGGUCCUAUGGACAGAUACUCCAAUCUUCGCUGUGGAGCUUUGCAGCUCCUUCAGGGUUAUCUUUGGUCUCUUUGUUGCCUCUCUGAUUAAUACCCUCCUUGCCUGGUCUGUGAGUUUUGGUGGGCAGGUUUGUUGUGGUGCUAUAUUCUUUCCAUUUUUAAUAAUGGAUUUAAUGGUGCUCCGUGGGAUGUCCAAAGUUUCAGAUACUUUUUUAUAACACAACCCUGAUCUGUACUUUCCACAACUUUGUCCCUGACCUGUUUGAAGAGCUCCUUGGUCUUCAUGGUGCCGCUUGCUUGGUGGUGCCCCUUGCUUAGUGGUGUUGCAGACUCUGAGGCCUUUCAGAACAGGUGUAUAUAUACACUGAGAUCAUGUGACACUUAGAUUGCACACAGGUGGACUUUAUUUAACUAAUUAUGUGACUUCUGAAGGUAAUUGGUUGCACCAGAUCUUAUUUAGGGGCUUCAUAGCAAAGGGGGUGAAUACAUAUGCAUGCACCACUUUUUUACAUUUAUUUUUAAUAUAUAUAAUUUUUUGAAUUUAUUAUUAUUUAUUUUUUACUUCACUAAUUUGGAAUAUUUUGUAUGUCCAUUACAUGAAAUCCAAAUAAAAAUCUAUUUAAAUUACAGGUUGUAAUAAAACAAAAUAGGGACAACGCCAAGGGGGAUGAAUACUUUUGCAAGGCACUGUAUAUAUGGGUUUACUGUGGUUUCUUACACUUAACUAAUAUUGGAUUCUGGGAUAUGGUAAUACACUCGUUUUUGAGUUGAUUUAAUUUCAAUGUUUUGGUCUUGGCCAGUGUCAUUUGGUUUGGUGGCUCUCACCGCUGUUUUUCAACUGGGAAAAUGGGCUUGUGUUCAGCCCUGGAUGGGCUUGUGUUCCGCCAUUUGUACUGACCUCUUAUUUCUGAUUUCCCCUGGUGUGAAAUCAUGGACAUGUAGUAACUUGGACAAUAUAUUGCAUAUGACACCAGUGGGCUGUUGGUUCCAUGCUUUUUCAAAUGUUUUUCAUUGUUGCACUGUACAGUUUACUAAUGUGUCACUAGUGACAUAACAUAAAUACUAUGUCAGCCAUUGGACUUUUAGUACAUUUUUAGGACUUUGAAUUUAAACCACAAAUUAAAAGUUAGCUGAAAUGUUCCCCACUGAAGACUUGUUGCAUAAUGACUGAUAGUGUGUGAGUGUCAAGUCCAUUGCACUACCAUAAGUGUGCUUUGGGAUCUGUGAUUGAAUAUUUCCUGCAUGAUUUUACCUGUGACGUUUUCCCCUGUUUUAUUAUCAAACAAUUGCAAUUGUUCUGGAAAUAUUCAUUGACUGACACAUUAUCAAAUGUUUAAAAAAAAGGGUUAUAAAGUCUAUUACUAACCCAUGCUUCUUGGUACAUAGUUUUCUAUCAAUGGAUAGCGUGGGUGAAUAUUGCUGGCGCUACCCCUAAGGCUAAGCCAUAGAUUAAGUUUGUUAGUUGAACAGCCUACCGAGCUCUCAGUAAGUGAAUGGAAACUGUUCUCAGGACCAAGAUUCCUAUGUAGGUUUUUGUAAGACUUAUGUUGCACCUUUUGAUUAGGACGUACAUUUGCUUGGGAUUUUAAAGUGCCAUGUGAACAAUGUUGACUGGAUGUAUUGAACUUGGCUCCAGUUAAAUGUUUUUAUAAAUCAAUAAUAAUGAGAAGAAAAAAAUUGCAAAUGUUAUUAGCACUUGAGUUCUGUGCUGUAUUAUACUUAGAGAUGAAAUAGGAGGGUCGUUCCAUGAAAAUAAUGCCUUUUUUUGUGUCCCUUUGUUUUAAGUAAAUUGUGCCAAAAUGUAGCAUUUUGACAUGUCCCUCCAUCAACCCAGGGUCACUUCUAGGAAGAUUGUAUCCCAUACUGUAUCCUAAGUUCCAUCAUUUUAAAGUGUUAGUUAUUUUGUUGCUUUGACAGUCAUUUCUGGAGAUGUAUUUAUUUCAUGUGAUUAGUGACAUUUACAUCUGUCCCUCAUUUUAAGGUCAACUCUGUUACCUGAACUGAACUCAUUUCAAUAUGGUGAAAUGAUUCCUUUUUAUAUAUUUUCUUCAAAAGAAACAUUCAACAUCUAGUAAUCAUCGAGUAAAAGCAGGUGCGCUGGUUCUACUCUUUUUGACAAUUUUCUGGUGUUUUGUGGCAGAAAACUGAGCGAUCCAGCAUACAGUAACACGUCUACCCUGUUACCAAUAGAUGGACAGGCUAGAAAUGUUUUUAGGAGCAACUACCCCUCGAAACGAACUUGGCAUCAAUAUAAGUUAAACACAUUUAUUCUACUGUCAAAAUAACUACAAAGUGUAAAUAGGAUAAUUUCGGUCGUAAAGUCAGUCUCGUCCAAAACAGUUUUGUGAGACUUGUGGUUGUGACUGCAUCACAAUGUAAAUAAAGGUUGGUUAGGUUUGUUUCAAUCCUGCCCUCAGCUGGCAGCACACAAGUGAUCAUCAAUUGGGAGUGCAGCUGCUCGCAACCCGAUCAUAAUGCCUGUGGUAAAUUUGGGUAGAGUUUGGAUUAGGGCUGUCCCUGACCAACAAAAAUCUUGGUCGACCGAAAGCAGUAUGUUCGAUUGGUCUACAUUUUUAAAUGUGUAUUUUUUCAUAUAUAGACGUUUUAAUAAAAUCAACUAUAUGCAUUGA